AUUCCUUCAACUGGCGAGCGCGUCUCAGUUGAGCAGGGUGUCAUCAUCUCAACACACUCUCUUUUGCAGUUCUCGCACUAUUUGCGGAGAUCAAGCGCAUCAUUCGGAGCUGCUGCACAGGCCACUGCUAGAUCCACUAUAUACGACCAUAACUCAUACAGACCAAAGUGUCAGAAUGGAAGCGUUCAUCAACAUGCACGGCAUCCCCGAACAGCCAGCCGCACAAGCAGCGCCGGAGCCUGCCACGGCGUUGGCGGUCUUGCUUGCGGCUGGUCUUAAUUCACAGGCUCCCCAGAUGGUCCUAUCGCCUCAGUCAAUCUUUCAUCUCACGCCGAACCUUGCUCCGAAUGUCCUUGGCCUUAAUGGCCGUCAGUCUGAUGCUGUUCAGAACCAUUCUGUCAACAAUCACGCACUGCUUAGCCAGUUGUUAUCCCUCCCAGGUGUCACAGCUCUCCUCUCACAGUUAGCCGCGCCGCAGAAGGCGCAGGAGCUGUCCCCGCCCGUAUCUACGGGCUUAGAUACGAGUAGCAGUGCGCCACUAGACAAACUGGUAGGAUCGAUGAUAAAUGAUGAGAACCUGCUCUUUCGUGCACUUACAAUCCGCAAGCGCGAUAAGUUGAGCGUCCGAGAGGCGUUGGAGAAAUUACAUGGUGUUAACAAUCACACUGCUGGGUCGUGGAAGGAUUACUAUCUCGAGCACUUCGAUCGUCUUUAUCCUCAGCUGUGCCAUCUCGAAGAUAGUUCUUUCUCACAACCCCGUCUAGCGUCUAGAUCUGCAGUGGUUGAGCAUGCACCGAAGCCAAAAGAGCAACGCGAGGCUUCUCGUUCAUCACAGUCUGCCAUCGAACAGUCAGUUCUCGGCCGGGAUAACCCAUCGUCCCAGAAAGCCGCGCGUUCUCGCCAGUCAAACCAUCGGCUUGAGCGAGCGAGCCUAGAGGCACCUGCAGGACCCAGUGCUUCUGCACAGACUUUAGAAACAUCCUCACGACUACCUGGGAUCUCAGGACGUGGUGAUCACCACGAUUACACAGAAGAGGACGAGCAGCUUGUGAUGAAAACAGUCCAGCAGAUGAUUAAACAAGAUCCGAAGACCUCGAAGAGGCAGAUUUGCAAUCGACUAGCUGACAAGACACCGCAUCGUUCUUAUCGUUAUUGGGUUCGGUAUUUAUACCGUACGCGUCGCAGCCUCGUAAACAGUGCCAUGGCUGCUGCUCGAAAAUCGGAACCCAUUCAAAAAGAUAUUGCAGACUCGCAUGAUGAAGUACCGGAUGAAAAUGAAGAUGCAUCAGUUCGCGUUGAUGACCGAGGGAGCGAGCGUGAAAGCGAAUCCGCUCAAGAUAAUGCCUCAGAGUCGGACGAGUCCUCUGAGCUGGAUACCGAUGAGUCCGAACCCGACACAGACGACGACGAACAAAAUAUGGGAUUGCUCGGAGAGCGAUACACUAAAGCUGAUAUCCGCCUAGCAGCGAAGUAUAUUGUUGCGACUCCAGGUUGGCUAUUGAUGAGGCCAACAGAGCGACGAUGGACGGCAUUCCAGGAGAAGUACCCUCAUCGAUCCAUCCAUGCCUGGGCGACCUUUGAAUGUCGAUAUGCACGAGCCAUCGACAAAUACGUAAGGAAAUACAGACGAAGAGAGGAGAAGGCUCUUGCCGCACAUGAAGCCUCGUCUGCACUUCCAGUGGCUGCCGAGCAACCGAUCAGUUCUUCCAUUGUCGUUGAAGGCGAUGUUGUCGCCAGUUCAUCCAAACGCAAGCUCGAAGAUGAAGAUGCAUCGACGGCUACGAAAAUGGCUGGUAAGGAUGGCAAACGUCAGAAGCAAAAACUUUGAGGCUCUAAUGCUCAUUGGUACUGAUUAUUCUCCGUGUGGUUCUCCCGUGUACCGCACAAUGCGUUGCUCUUGUACUGUUACUGAAUUUCCUCGUCGAUGACAUGUAUUGAAACACCCUCUAUCGGAUGUUCUCUGUCUCUAACCCACUGUAAUCACAAUCUUACCGAAUGUUGGCUUUUGCCAAUAUUCGAAGCAUGGUGUCCUGAAUCGAUUGCACUGCUCUGCAGAUCCUCC